UCAAGGGUUUCAUUGUUCUGUGUAUCUGGAAAUCGGAUGAAAAUGACUGAGUUUUUGCACUGUUGUUCGUGACUGUGAUCCCUAGUGUGUGGUUCUUGCGCAACUGCAGAUUCGUGAAUACUGUAAAUUUGGUGACAGGUAUCCUCCUCGUACUGGAAACACUUGAACGGCAUCCGUGUGUGAGUUACAGCUGUGUCAGUCAUGGGCUAUGACCUGUGUCGCUUCCAAGGUGAAGUUGAUGAAGAGCUAAUUUGCCCUGUGUGUUCUGGAGUCUUAGAGGAGCCUUUACAGGCUCCGCAGUGUGAACAUGCCUUCUGCAAAGGGUGCAUCGGGCAGUGGCUCUCUCGCCAGGCGACAUGUCCUGUGGACCGGCAACCCAUCACCUCGGCGCAGCUGAAACCUGUGCCUCGAAUCCUGCGCAACCUGCUGUCCCGGCUGCAGCUGUCCUGCGACAAUGCGCAGUUCGGCUGUAAUGUGGUCGUCAAACUGGACAAUCUGGCAACCCAUAGAGAGUCCUGUGAACACAACCCUCGGCGGCCCGUUCCGUGCGACCAGGGCUGUGGGCUCGUCAUUCCAAAAGACCAGCUCAAGGACCAUAACUGCGUGAAGGAGCUCCGGGGACUGGUCCAGUCACAGCAGCAACGUCUCAGCGAGUUCCAGGCUGAGAUUCGAGAGCAGUGGAGAGAGAUCAACAUCUUAAAGGAAUACAUUCGUUCCAUGCGAGCAGCAAGUUCUCCCGUUCCCCCGCUCUCAUCUCUCAUACCAGCCUCAGCAGAACAGGACGAAGUGAUUGGGUGGGCAGGAAAGCUUCAACGAGCUCGUGUCACACGUUGGGGCGGUAUGAUCUCGACACCAGACGCCGUGCUACAAGCUAUGGUCAAACGAGCGCUCACAGACAGUGGCUGCCCCCAGCAAAUAUUACAGUCCCUCAUCGACAAUGCUCAUGAAAGACGCUGGCCUCCGGGACUUAGUACGCUAGAAACGCGCCAGAUGAACCGUCGCCACUACGAAAGCUACGUCUGCAAGCGCAUCCCAGGCAAGCAAGCUGUCGUCGUCGUGGCUUGCGAAAACCAGCACAUGAACGAAGACAUGGUGUUGGAACCCGGCCUCGUCAUGAUCUUUGCGCACGGGAUCGAGUGAUAUUGGACGGAACGGAAACAUGCUUUGAUGGCAGCUGAGAGAAAGGUUGUUGUUGCUUAUGCCGUCUGUGAAUGUUAUGACAGUCUCUUUUUGUGCAUUCCUGGUGUAGGAAUGCAAAGGACUAUUGAGUGAUCUCAAAGGACAGUUUGCGUAUGGCGGAGAGACAAAGAAGUGCCCAGUGUAAUAAAGUAGAGUCCUUUUUU